UUUACAUUCAGUUUUUCAAUUUUGAGGACAGUUGUCAAAGAGUUGUAGCAAGCACUGUUUUAAUACAAAAAAAGGAUAUAAUAUUAAUAAAAUGGAAAGUGCGGGGAAACAGGACAAUAACGCCACACAACCGUUGCCCCAACGCCAGCAGCGGGGAAAUCAGCAGGCCAACAAAAAUCUCGGAAAGCACAAUGCUCAAAAACAAAAUGAUUCCGUGGAUGGAUGCCCGGCUGAAAAGAAGUCGAGAUUCGGUGGUCCAAAUGCCCAGAAUCAGAACCAGAACCAAAAUCAAAAUGGUGGUGGUGGUGCAGCUGGUGGCCCCAAUCAAAAUAAGAACUUUGGAAACAACAAGGGUGGGUUCGCUGGAAACCGCAAUCGCAACAACAACAACAAUCGGGCUGGAAAUCAAAACCGGACUUUUCCAGGCACUAACAAUGCCAAUCAAAAACCCAAUAACGAAACGUCAAAGGCGGUCGGUGCUAAUGCACCUGCUAAGAACAAUGAACCGCAAACUGCAGCUGCUGGCCAAAAUCAAGCGAAUCAGAACGCCAACAAGGGCCAAAAUCAACGGCAAGGGCAAAACCAAAAUCAAGUCCAUGGUCAAGGAAAUCAAGGAGGACCUGGCAAUCAAGGAAAUCAAGGAGGAGCAGGCAAUCAAGGAGGCCAAGGAAAUCAAGGAGGCCAAGGAAAUCAAGGAGGACCAGGAAAUCAGGGAAAUGGUCAAGGAUUUAGAGGUCGCAACGUUGGUAACAAUCAAGGUGGCGGUUUCUCCGGAGGUCCGCAGAACCAGCAGCGUGACAACAGAAACCGUGGUGGUCCACGGCCUAGCGGAGGUCCUGGUGGUAUGAUGAACAACACCAAUAUGGGUGGUGGAGGUGGUGGUGGUCCGCGCGGCGGUGAGGACUUCUUCAUUACCCAGCGGUCGCGCGGCCUGUCUGGACCAACCUUUGAGCUGGAACCGGUAGAAGUGCCCACGGAGACCAAGUUCUCUGGACGAAAUCGUCUCUAUGUGGGCAACCUGACCAAUGACAUCACCGACGAUGAGCUGCGCGAGAUGUUCAAGCCAUAUGGCGAGAUCAGCGAGAUAUUCUCGAACCUGGAUAAGAACUUUACAUUCCUAAAGGUCGACUAUCAUCCCAAUGCCGAGAAGGCCAAACGCGCCCUGGACGGAUCGAUGCGAAAAGGUCGCCAGUUGCGGGUACGAUUCGCACCCAAUGCCACCAUUUUGCGGGUGAGCAAUCUCACACCGUUUGUGUCCAACGAGCUGCUGUACAAGUCCUUCGAAAUCUUCGGUCCGAUCGAGAGGGCUAGCAUCACCGUCGACGAUCGUGGCAAGCAUAUGGGCGAGGGUAUAGUUGAGUUUGCCAAGAAGUCAUCCGCCAGCGCCUGCCUGCGAUUGUGCAAUGAGAAAUGCUUCUUUCUGACUGCCUCCCUACGGCCGUGCCUGGUGGACCCGAUGGAGGUGAACGACGACACCGACGGACUGCCGGAGAAGGCGUUCAACAAGAAGAUGCCCGACUUUAACCAGGAGCGGAGCAUUGGUCCCCGCUUCGCCGAUCCCAAUUCGUUUGAGCACGAGUACGGAUCGCGCUGGAAGCAGCUCCACAAUUUGUUCAAAACCAAGCAGGACGCACUCAAACGCGAGCUGAAAAUGGAGGAGGACAAGUUGGAGGCUCAGAUGGAGUACGCUCGCUAUGAACAAGAAACUGAACUGUUGCGUCAAGAGCUACGAAAACGCGAAGUGGACAACGAGCGCAAGAAAUUGGAGUGGGAGUUGCGCGAGAAGCAGGCCGAGGAGAUGCGCAAGCGCGAGGAGGAGACAAUGCGACGCCAUCAGACCGAGAUGCAGAGCCAUAUGAAUCGGCAGGAGGAGGACAUACUCCGUCGGCAGCAGGAAACACUGUUUAUGAAGGCGCAGCAGCUUAACUCGUUGCUGGAUCAGCAGGAGGGAUUUGGAGGCGGCGGCAACAACUCCAGUUUUGACAACUUCGGCGGAAACAGCAAUUCGCCAUUUGAAGUUUUUAGAGGCAAUAACAACAACAAUUCCACAAUGAUUGGAAACAAUUCUGGCCCCAACACACAGGACUCCUUCGCUUUUGAAUUUGGGGUUAACAAUAUGAACCAAGGCGGCAAUCAACGUGGAAAUAAUGGCGGAGGAAAUAAUGUCCCAUGGGGACGACGACGUUUUUAGACACUGGAUCAAUCAAACAUAUGAGGAUGAGAUUUGACGUACUCUCAAAUAUUAAUAACAUUUCACAUUUUAACUUUGUUCGCUUGCGAGCAAACAGAACGAACUUGCUUAAAAGGAUCGUCUUGUCGAAUGCACCCAAAUAUGAUUUGAUUUAAUAUUUAGUCAAAUAUUAUCAAUCGUCUAUCGGUCAUACAUUUUAGAGGCAACUAACAAACUAUGAGUAAUGACACGCAAAGGAUGAACCUUACAAAAUAUUAUACAAUUUGAAUCCCAAAAUGAUUGCUUAUAGGUGCAACGCUGCACCAAAAAACGAAAUCAUUACGUACAUAUGCUUAUUCAUAUCUAUAAUUUAAGAUUAUGUAUGUGUCGACUACAUUCUCCAGUAAUUUAAUUCUUUUUUGUCCAUCAUUCAAAUGAAAUAUAUAUAAAGAUAUAUUGCUAAUCGACUUAUUUGAUCAUAAAACAAAAUAUAAAAUAAUUCAAAAACGUAAAAAAAUACUUCGAGAAUCUGGUGAGUAUUCCGGAUGAGCGCAUGGACUUGAUCUGGUCUGGAUCCUUCAUCUCAUUCGAUGUCCACUAAUGGAUCUUUAGGUUGUGCAGAAAUAUUUUAAGCAUUCCCAGUAUUUUGUUGAUCCCUUCAUUAAUUUAUGAUUAACAACUUUGUUUCUGGAAGUAGUCAAUUACAAGACUAAAAAUUUCUUCAGUCUAAAUUACAUAUAAUUUUCUGUACAUUUUUGUCAAUUUUAACUAUUGAUCUGGAAAAUAAGAACUUUUUCCGCAUUUCUAACAUUAAGUUUGGUAAUCAUUUUAUUUUGCUUUUUGUUACAUUUUUUUAUAUGUUUAUUUAUGUUAAUUUUUGUCUCCUACCCUUUUUUUUUUUGUAAACUAUCCUUGCUAUUCUACCAAAUAGGUAGAAAUAUUUAUCAAAGCUGAGUAUUUUAGUAAAUGGAAUUUUCGGGAAAUGAUUUUCGUGAUUGGGGAAAAUGUAAGGGAAAAACAUUCAAUGGAUACAUUUCUCGCCGAUUUUGGAUGCUACUGGAAAACACUUCAUUCCUAGACCUAGAUUUUGGUCAUCUACGCCGUUUUCUUGCAAAAUCCCAGACCGCUAUGAAAAAUUGCUGAUUUCUAUGUUAACACAAACACUGUGUUUGUGUUUUAUAUCCUUUAACCUUUCAUGUUGCUUAAAAAUACAUAGGCAGACCCACACAGCAGCAAAUUAAAUGUAGAUGUUAUUAAUUGUCAUACAAAUCAUUUUAAUAUAUAUAUAUUAGAAUAUGGAAAAGACUACUUUUUAAUCAAACAAACACUGAUCUUUGAAAUCAAACAUGAAAUAUUUACAUUUUGAUUAAUUCUGGGUGUUGGCACAGAAAAUUAAUAAUUUUAAUAAAUUAAUAAACAAUGCCGUGUAUAGCAUCUCUUUCAUUUUUUUAAUUUUGCCGGGAUGAAAAAUAAACCGAAAUGGACUUCCAAAGUUCCCAUGCGAACGUUACAAUGUCAUAUUGGAAUGAAGAUGUCAACUUAUGUUAUUCGGGAUUUACCUGUACUUAUCAUAUUAAUAUUCUUAUACCCUUACAGAAAGUAUUUUUGUCACAAGUUGCAACGCAUCAAUGGAAAGAAUUCUUAGACAGCAUCUCACCAUAGCAAUUUAACUUAACGAUUGUUAUUUCAACAAUUUAUUCGGGCCAGUAUUUUUUUUUUAGUUUUAACGAACGCUGUAUUCGAGUACCUCGACUAUAAAACACCCUGUAUAUUUAGGGGUUUUAUGGUAUACAAGCAGCAGGGACUAUUUCCGCGCUGCUCAGCCAUCUGGAAUCUGUCUGCUUAAUCUAAAUUUUAAUCUAUAGUUUCGCUCAAGAUACGGACAGACAGUCGAGUCGACAAGAAAUCCCCAUCUCAAUUAAUUACAGAUAUCAACAAAUCUAGUAUACUCUGUUACUCCGCAAGUAACAAGUAUAUAGACUUCCAAGAUAAAACUAAACUAUCGGAUGGGUUGCUGGUUUUGACUACCAAUUGACCAACAAGUUGGGCACAGUAUUGUUAACAUUUGAGAAAUGUUUUACUCUCGCAUCGUAAUAUUUAUUUGGCUGAAAAUCGGUUAUGAAGAACAAGGCAUUGCAUAUGGUUUUUAGCAAUCAAAGGCGAUAAAUUUGUGUAGUUAUUGUGGUUUAUGGGAAAAAAGGGGGGUAUUGUGAAAUGAGGAAUGUGGGUUAAUAAAACAACGUCUCGCGAUUUCCCAUGAAAAAUGCUCUCUGAGAAGGAUGAAUAUUUCAAUGCCAUGGCGAUUGGGAAAAGGUAAUGCCUGCCCUUGUGAAAUUUUUAUUAAUUUACCUCCAUACAGCUUAAAUAAUUUAAUUAUUUUCAUAUUCAAGUUCUUUUACAGGUUUAUUUAAUGAAUGUAUGAUGACUUGCAUCGUAUUGCAUGUACAAUGACAUUGGAAUCUUUUUAGACGGAACGUCGCUCUAUUGCACUUGGUGUAAUAUUGUGAACACGAUUAAUAUUUGCACUUUUGGGAUAAUGUCUUUUAUGGCACAACUAUACAUUUGGGGAUCAAAAUCGAUUUCUUCUCACAAUGAGCAGCUUUGCUGUACUCUUACACAAUUUAUUUUGAAGAGGCCUGAACUUCGGGUGCAUUUUGCUGAAAUGUAGGGUAUACUACCUUUCGACCUUAGGGAGUAGUAGCUUUUCCCUCGCUUAUUUCUCAUUUGUCUCCUCCUUCCAAUCUUUCAAAACAAUACUGGUUUCAAUAAACUAUACGUUUAUAAAACAUCUAACCGCUACUGCUUCUCGCCUAUUGUAUAAUUUUAUCACAAAAAAAAACAUCAAUGAAUGAUUAUUAAAUGUUUUAAAGCAAUAUGUUGUGGCCAUUCAUAUUGAUUGAAACAUGAAACUUUCAGCCAAGUUCAUUAUCAUACGCCUAAAUUAUGCAAAAUAAUGCACAUCAGCACAUUAGUGGGCGAAUGUCAAGAGUAAUCUAUGUUUAUAACGAAAAUAAUGGUUAAAUGGAUAAAACACGUCCAAAUUGAAGUAGGAAUUGGCAACGGAUAUCUGUUAAGUUACUAAUCUUUUCUUCUAACUUCCUAAAAACAAAACAGUGAUUCAGACUUACUUCAAAGGUUUAAAACUACAAAACUGGAUGGUUUCCGUCUCAAAAAGUAAAUUGGUAAAGCAUUUUAUUUGUGAUUUUUUUUUAUAAUAAAUGGUGGGUAGUCGGUUUUGAAUUUUUUUUAAUAUGGAAUGACUGCUUCUAUAAGCUCACAAAUGAAAAGUUUAUCUGAAUUGGUGCGAACUUGUUCUUUGACGCAUUUAAAUCGAUAUAUUUAUAUAUCAAAUCAUAGAUUAAUGUUCUUAAAUCAGUUGGAUAACUCACAACUAAAUGUAUUGCAUUUAAAUAUGCAUUAUAUGUAUAUUAAUAUACAGAAAUACUUUGGUUAUGUAGUACUGUAAUAAAAUGCGUUCGGCGAUCAAUCAAACAUACGAUAAUCAAGUACGAGUAUGUUUAUUUAUUUUAAUGCAUUCAAUCGAAAAUAGAUUAUUGCCUAAGACUGGCUAUAUAAAAUAUCUACUAAAUUGUAGCGACUGAAAUAUAAAUUAAAAUGUUUGUUUUGUGGAUGAGAUUCUUUCUAAAAUAUUUGCGUGUGGAUUUUUGGGUUCGAGCCAGCGAUUAGCUGUUUUUUCGAUGAAACUCUUCAGCUUUGGCCGAAGAUGAUAUAUUUUCAAGAUCGCAAUACGGUGUCUUUGCUCGCAAAUGAAGUCCAAAUCGACUGGCAGCAAAGCGCUAACUUAAAUCAGGUAAUCUAUGUUAAAAAGCCUCCAGCACUUUUAAGCUAUAAAGUGUUUCUUAAAGAAAAUUAGCAUUGUUCGAUCAACGUUGCUUGGUUCUAAGAGACCCUGCAACGUGGGCCUGUUGUCGAUUUUCCGUUUAUUUUUUUUUUGUAUUUAUUAUGCAGCACUUCCUUAACUGAGCUGCAUUAUCAAAAUACUCAAACCAGAAUUGUUGACUAAUCCAGUUUAUGUUUGCAGGAGAUCAAACGUCUUGACGAUCCUAUAAAUGGCACUACCUCAAACAUCACCCUACCAGAUUUGGAUUCGCAUAUAAUGGCUUUCAUAUUGGAACAGUUCUCGUCUGAUGUGCUUUAUACAAAAAUUGUACAAAUUGUUGGUGGCAACUUUAAAAACCACACUCAGCUGGAUAAAAUAUUAUUAAAAAAUGCAUAUACAAUUUCA